AUGCAAGAGGCGAGUCUGGACAGCUUACAGACGAUGAUCUAUGAUACGCACCGGAAGCAUUGGCAAAUUGGUUGCGCAUGCGCUAAGAGGAAUACCGAUCCGCCGCCAGUGACGCUCUUACUGCAUCGAGCCCAACUCCUCUCGGCGUGGAAUUCAGGCAGGAAGGUUAUCACUGUGCAGGACGGAGACGACGUAAUUGCAAGAGGCGGAUUCCGCGUGGAAUUUUCGCCACCAUAUCGAAGACAGCAUGGAGUCGUAGUCGAGGAUGGCAGUCCUGAAAUAUUCGAUAUGGCUGACCAAACAGGCAUGAAGCCACACGAGGUCGCAAAGAUAGUUCAGCAGCAACGCAGAGAGGCUGGCGAUGAAAUGAGCUCGCCAUCCGGAUCCAGAUCUGUGGAUAAAAGCGAUCCAAACUACCGCAAAAGAUCUGGCGACGAAGCGAUCUCGAACGAGCCCAUAUAUAACCUCAUUGUCACCACGAAAGCUCCUCGCACCAUAGCGGCGCUGUUGUCAAUCAGGCACCGCAUCACCAAAGAAAGCACUAUAUGCUUCCUGCAAAAUGGAAUGGGAAUCGUGGAAGAGGCGAAUAAGGAAGUGUUUCCAGACGAGAGCACGCGCCCAAGCUAUGUUCAAGGGAUCAUAUCUCAUGGCGCCAAUGUUCCGCCGAGCAAAGCUGAAGAGGAUCCAUUCUUUGUUGUGCAUGCAGGCCACGGAACUGUCCAGCUUGGCGCCAUACCGCGACGCACUACAGGCUGGAGAGAUGAUGCGAAGCCGUCUGGUUUUGGCACUGAAAAUCCAGGGAAGCUUCCCGAGAGUCAGCUUGACAACGAGGUGUCGCCAACUGGGCGCUACAUCAUACGGACCCUCACGCGGACACCUAUACUGGCAGCCGUGGCCUUCACGCCGAUCGAGCUCCUUCAACUCCAGCUUGAGAAGCUCGCGAUCAACUCUGUCCUGAACCCGAUGACAGCACUCCUCGACGACCGCAACGGCACCAUACUCUACAAUUUCGCGCUCAGUCGCGUAAUGCGACUCCUACUCGCCGAAACCUCCCUCGUCAUCCGCUCCCUACCCGAACUUCGCGGCCUGCCAAACGUCCCACAUCGCUUCGCAUCCGACCGACUAGAGGGACUUGUCGUUGCUGUCGCGAACAAGACGCGGGACAAUAUCAGCUCAAUGUUGGCAGAUGUGAGAAGAGGCGCGCCGACGGAGGUCGAAUACAUUAAUGGGUACAUUGUGAAGCGUGGAGAAGAACUGGGCAUCAAGCCCGUCGUGAAUUACUCUUUCAUGCAAAUGGUGAUUGGAAAGCAAUUUAUGGUGAAGAGAGAGAUGGAAGAUGAGGUUCCGCAGACUACGGACCAUAAUCGGGAGUAAGAUGUGAAUACGGCUGUAUAGAAUUGGACCUGUACAUAAUCAGGCGAGAAAGUGGCAUUCGAGAAUAGAGUUCAAGCACAAGUGAAUGUUCCGGCUUCGGAUCAGACGCCGCAGAGAUCCCCUUGGUGAACUCGUUGCCUCGCGGCGUUCGUCGGCAAAACAGGGUAUUAACUAUGUCGUGUCCAUAUAGUUAGCAAUUAGUAUGCCGCCUUGCAGGUAAAUAAUAAG